ACUUUGCUUUUUUAAUUGAUAUAUUAAAAACAGUGGAAUUAUAUUGAAUUCGACUGUAGACGUUGUAUACAAAUAUUUAUUAGAGCUCCCCAGUCAGUAGUAUAAAUUAAUAUGUUGGAGAUAUUUGAUACAGCCCAUGUCGAUCCCUCGGGACUCUUUCUCGCGACCAGUCCAUGGCCUAUGGUGGCCAUAGUAUCGUCCUAUCUGAUCUUUGUGCUGAAGGGACGUACGUUUAUGGAAAAACGAAAAGCCUAUGAUCUGCGCUCUGUUCUUAAGGUCUACAAUCUCAUACAGAUUUUGUAUAAUGCCUCGCUAUUCGUAACGGUAGUUAGCUACUUAAUUGGAUAUAAGAACUAUAACCUAAGUUGCAUGCGAAUUGUGCCUUUGAAUCAUCCAGACAAGAAGUUGGAUCGUAUGAUAUGCUAUGCGUACUAUGUCAACAAGUAUAUCGACUUACUGGACACCGUGUUCAUAGUGUUGCGCAAGAAUAACAAGCAGAUCACGAUUCUGCAUCUAGUACAUCAUCUGUAUAUGCCCAUCACGGGAUAUUUCAUAAUCAGAUUCAUCGGCUUUGGGGGUCAUCUUCUAGUAAUGGGAGUCUUGAAUGUCUUCGUGCACGUUAUCAUGUACAGCUACUACUACGCCGCGGCCCAGAGCUCGACUAAAAACAAGCUAAUCUGGUGGAAGCAGUACAUCACUAUACUGCAGAUGCUACAGUUCGUUAUUAUAUGUGGGCACAGCGUAUGGACACUGAUGCAGCCAAAGUGUGACGCAUCGCGUCCACUGAUCUAUAUGACGUUCUCCAUGUCAAUAGUGAUGUUCUCUAUGUUUACCAAUUUCUACAUACACGCUUACAUAUUGCCCAAGAAUAGGAAACCAGUGAAGUCGGACUAGAGAGGUUACGUAAAAAAUAACAUUUCCUCGUGAUUCAACGCGGUUAAAUGACCAAAUGCAUUAAUGAUUUGAGCAAACGUACUUGCAAACAAUUGAAUAUAAUUAAGGUAUUUUCGCAUUUAGUAACUGCGCUCUUGGAUUCGAUUGGCAACACUUGCUUUUCGUAUCUCAGUGAAGACACCCCUCAAAAAUAUGCAAUAUACCAAUUUUGUUUAUGUCAAAUUAGAAGUCCUGCAUAUGAGCAGUCCUAUAAACUGCUUAUGAUAUAUACAUAUAUAAACAGUAUGAAAAGAGUA